GCACAGUGGCCUGUCUGGUCAACCGUACAUACAGCAGUUUUGGCAACGUACAUCAUCGUGAACCUAGCAACAUAAUAAUCCAAUCAAUUUUAUCAAAUGAGAUCCCGUCAUAAGUGAUGUCACUUAUGCGUUUGAUGAUGACGACCGUCCAAUUGCAUAUCAUCUCAUUAUAUUUUACUAUCAGUGUUGGCCGGUUGGUACGAAAUACCUAUGGUAGUAAUGAUUGAAACCUCAAACUGGCUAAAAGGGGCAGCUGUGAUCUUUGAUGGAACCGCCUUAACUUUGUAUGUAUAGCUGGUUUCUGGGUUUAACGCUAAAGUCCGAUGUCCUACAUGUACUCUUGAAGUUACCGAAAUACACCAUGAAUGCCCAAUCUUAGGUAGUAUCAAUGUCCAUUAUUGUUCUACACUCGUUUACAUUGGGUACACAAUUCAGUUUCAUGCUUAUAAACACAGGUACUUAUAAACAUUAUGGCCCGCAUCUUCAUCACUGGAUCAUCAGAUAGCCUCGGCCUCGGUAUACGCUCAGCACAAGCUCUAGUUAAGCGUGGACACGAUGUCUAUCUACAUUCCCGAAAUAGCCAAAGAGCGCAGGAUGCCCGCACGGCCUGCCCCGGAGCCAAAGAUGUCUUCGUCGCGGACUUAGCGUCUAUGGAAGAGAUCAAAUCUUUGGCGAAACAGCUUAACCAGACCGGUCCCUGGGACGCCAUCGUCCACAACGCCGUGCACGCCGGGCCCAUGCACGGCGUCGCUAAUCCCAGAAACGAGGAGGGAAUUCCUGUACUCUUCGUCGUUAACACAUUAGCGCCAUAUAUUCUGACUUCUCUGAUAAACCCGCCGCCAAAGCGCUAUGUAUUCGUCUCUAGCGGCAUGCACAAGGGUGGUGAUCCCUCCUUACGCAAUAUCCAGGAGUGUAGUUAUAGCGAUAGCAAACUACACAAUGUCUUAUUGUCGUUCUGGUUCGCACGCCAUCUCGCCAAUAAAGGCGUUCUGAGCAACGCUAUGAGCCCGGGAUGGGUUGCUACCAGGAGGGGCGGCUCGUCAGCGCCAGACAAUAUCGACGCGGCCGUCGAUACCUACGUCUUACUGGCUGAGGGGUCAGGAGUUGCUGAAGGCGAGACGGGGAAAUAUUGGUAUCAGACUCAAGCCCGGAGUUCUAGUGGCUCGGGCCAUGAAACAAGCUACUUAAAAGCACUUGAUGACGAAGCCCUACAGGAUCAGUUGAUCCAGAUCCUUGAGAAGCUCUCGGGCGUCAAGCCGCCCGAGUAAGGUUGUUAUUUAUCAAUCAUGGAUGGCUAGCUUCGAUACAUCAAGCAUCGGCAGGCAUGUGUCAUGUCCGAAGUAGUAUCCUUUACAUGUUGUGGAUGUUAUGAUAACGCCGUGUCUCUUAAGUUACAGAGCUCUCGUGAUAUGCUGGACCAAUAUACCUACCUAUGGUUGGUGCAUACGGAAUGUACUCGAAUAAGUGGUAAGCUGAGUUGUAAAUGUUAUAAAACAGCAGAGAUAUA